GCUGCCAAAGAAGUCGUCGCAGACUGGUCCUGUGGCUAAUCGCAUUAAUUGAAUGAAGUCGCGCUGAUUUUCAAGGUCGUGGUCAACUUAACAAACACACGUCGGCAUACCGUUGUGUCUCCGCGGACCGCCGCGUAGAUGUGCAAGUUAAGCCAACACGGAUUUGCAUAAUUAGAUAGAGAUUUAAACAUGUUGCGACGGCAGGCGGCUUCCUGUGGCCAGGCGCAGCAAGCGUUUGGCCACCGCAGCGGCCGGGCCUGCCCAGGGCGUGCACCAUGUGGGCCAGUGUUGCCAAGUGUUUCAUCACACAAUUCCAGAAGCUUGCAUACCCUUGCGCCGUGCGCGGUGGCGUCCAGGGGCGAGCCAGUGCAAGCGUUGGAGCCGACUCAGCGAACCCAUUCAACGCGCAAAGAGGACGUGGUCGCAUUACCACUAUCACUUACCCAGUCUGUCGAGGACGGCGAACUGGUGCAAUCGGACCUGGAGGAUUCGUCUGUGCCUGAAUGCGGGACCUUGCCCGAGGAAGCGCUGCGGAACCUGGACGCGUACCGGCGAGUAGAGGCAUACAGCGCAACCACCAGCAGCAGCGCGGUUGUCACGGGCAACGGUUUUGCCUACCCCCCGGCGCAGCGCAACCAAAUCCGGGAGUCGUGGGAUGCCCUUAUGCGGUGGUCGAAGGUGUUCAACACGCGUAAGCUCGCGGGGAGCCCCCUUGAAGCCGCAAAGAAAAUUGUAGUGUUCGGCGGGGGCUCGUUCGGCACGGCGAUGGGCUGCGCCCUCGCACGGCAAAAGCCGGACCUGGAGGUGGUGCUGCUGGUGCGGGACCCCUACCUGUGCAAGGACAUCAACCUGCUGCAUGAAAACACGCGCUACUUGAAGGGCUUCAAGAUGCCGCCCAACGUGCGCGCCACCACGCACGCACCGGAGGCCAUCGUGGGCGCGCAGUAUGCGGUGCACGCCGUGCCCGUCCAGUCAUCCCGAGCCUUCCUGCAGGGCAUCAAGGAGUACCUCCCAUCCUCGGUGCCCAUCAUUUGCGUCAGCAAAGGCCUUGAGGUGGGCAGUGGGCAGAUGAUGUCGGAGCUCAUUCCCAGCGCGUUGGAACGCAAGCAGCCGGCGGUGUUCCUGUCAGGGCCGUCGUUCGCCAAGGAGGUCAUGCAGAACCGGCCCACGGGCGUGGUAGCGGCGUGCAAGGACGCCAAGCUGGCGCGGACGGUGCAGGCGUUGUUCGCCAGCCCCACCAUGCGGGUCAACACCACAACCGACGUGGUGGGCGUGGAGAUCUGCGGCGCGCUGAAAAACGUGCUCGCCAUUGCGGCGGGCAUCGUGGAGGGCAUGGACUUGGGGCACAACGCGUUGGCAGCGCUCAUAGCGCAGGGCUGCUCGGAGAUCAGGUGGCUGGCGGAGAAGCUGGGCGCCAAGCCCACCACCAUGUCGGGGCUGUCGGGCCUGGGCGACAUCAUGCUCACCUGCUACGGCGACCUGAGCCGCAACCGCAGUGUGGGCAUGCGCCUGGGGCGCGGCGAGCGGCUGGAGGACAUCAUUGCGUCCAGCUCACAGGUGGCGGAGGGCGUGGCGACGGCUGGCGUGGUGGUGGGGCUGGCGCGCAAGUACCGCGUGUCGCUGCCGGUGCUGACGGCGGUGGCGCAGGUGCUGGACAACAACCUCACGGCGCGGGAGGCGGUGUUCCACAUCAUGAACCUGCCGCAGAUCGAGGAGGCAUAGCGCAUGGGCGUGGCAGCAGCUGCGGCAGAUAUGGUGGCAGCAGCAGGCAGCCGGCCGCAGGCGCAUACCAGCAGGAGGGCGGUAGAAGGGCAGGGGUAUGGCCGCGUGCAAGGGCAAGUGCGGCUCAGGGUAGCGUGAGAGUCAUGAGGGAUGUGCGGUGCCAUUGAUGCCAGGAUCCCUGGUCAGGCAAACAACCGGCGUUGUGUUUAGGCAGCAGAGAGGGGAGGGCUUGGCGGCGUAUGUCGCGCGGCGCUGACAAGCACUGAAAGUGGUAGUACGCGAAGGGAUGAUGACUGAUUUGACCUCAUCGGACCAAUCGGACGCACCGGCUGCGCGGCAACCGGUUGUUCGUGUGUGCUGCAUGCACCGUGCAAGUAUCUCCGCACUGUGGCAGGAUCACCGGGCAUCAUCAGGUAUGCCCCGCUAGGACCAAGUGGUGAAAGUCGUGCUAUCACGGAAUGCGGCGUUGCAUGGCGGUUCUAAAGGAUCUCCCGAGAGUGGCCGUAUGUCCAGGAUCAAGCAUCAACAUAAGGUGGCGAUACAUCAGGCCGUCGGGCGUCAUGCACGCAUGCCACACCCGGGCAGCUGCAAGUAGGCGGCAGAUGUGGGCACGGAAUGUAACACUACUUAUCC